AUUACAUUUUGUAAUUUUAAUUCAGAUAAAUAAUUAUGAACGAAACCAAUAAUAGUGAUCCCUUCUCUUAGGCUAAUAUUUAGAAAGCAGAUGCAUUUUUGGCUUAAUUUAUUGAUAUAAAACAACUUCUUCCAAUAAAAGAAGGGUUAACAAAAGAGAUGAUAGAAUACUUUAAUUCAUUUAAGAUCUCUACUUAGAUAUAGAUUGGACCUUUAACUUAUCAAGAGAGAUAAAAAAAAAUUUAAAAAUACAAACAAAAAAAAAAUAAUCGAUAGUUUACUAAAAAGAACCAUUACGAUUAUAGAAGAAAGAAAGCAAAUUCUCGCUUAAGAGAGAAAGGAAGAUUUAUUUCUAACAAAAAAUGAAUUUUAUAAAAAUAUAUUCAUCAAUUACCAC